AUGCUGAGAGCCUCCGUGACUUGGAGUACCAAAACUCAUUUCUAUUUUUCCCCAUCUUUGGUUGAGCCACUUCACAAACCUUGCUCCUUUCUUACACGCAAUUGCUCCUAUUUCUCUUCGUUAUGCAACAAAACUCCCAAACUUUAUGUACAAUUCUGGCAUUCAUUAACAUCAGAAUGUUUAGUUGCAAUAUUAGCUAACAAACCUGCAGAGACAGAUAUCACUUUCAAACUGCCGGUGCUCGACUGCAUAUCUUCAGUGAACAAUUCAAAUCUGUUUGAAGUACUAGCUUACAGCUUCAAAAAGGAGGACCUGUGGUUGCAGGUGUCCUCUUUCGCAGAUGGUAAGAACAUCAUUCCAGCCUCCAAUUUCCUAGAUAUCACAUACUAA